AUGGGCUAUACUCGAUUGCGAAAGCGAUAUGUAGACGCAGCUUCGCGUGCACGCAAAGGUCGUAUGCGACAACAGCACGAAGAUGUCCCAGAGCAGACCGAGGUACUGGAUCUGACACUGUCAGAUGAAGACGACGAGCCGCACGACAAGGACACAACAACUUGGCAAGGCGACACGGAGUGGGAGUGGGAAGAUGAUAAGAAAGAUGAGGAAGAAAGCGGGGAAGAAGACGAGGUCGAGGUCAUCAGCGAUGGUACAGAGACUUUGGAAUGUCUGAAGCAUCAAAUGCAAGUGGAAAUGAAUGCGAUUAAGCAGCUCACCUGGAAGGACUUGGGUCUCAUGCAGACGCGGAGCAAGCAGGAGUGGCGGGACUUGACGAAGAAAACUUUGGGCGGUGUUAUUCGGACAAAGGGUGAGCCAGCAGACAGCACCCAACGGCGGCAUCGGCAACUCGAGCGCGAGGCUGACAUAACAGCAACAAGCAGCAGAAAAAGUAAUUCAGCCAACUCAUUUCGCAAUUUCUUUGGAAAGAAAUAUACCCCAGCAGCCGAGCCUCCCGCUCCUGCGCCUUCCCAAGUACCUGCCUUAUCUCUCCCUCCUCUGCCAAUAAAUCUCUCGUCGCUGGGUCUUCCGCCGAAUGCACUGAAGGCAUUGCAAGCACAAUAUAGGCGCUUUUCGACCACAACCGCCACUGGGUCUGGCUCAUCUGUACCGUCUUCCACGACAGCGCCAUCCCCAACGAGUUCUGUUGAGCUUCUCGACUCUCCUCCCGUGCAAACUCCCGGCGUGCUGGACGAUGAUGCUGACAUCUUUAUGGGAGGAUACGUGUCUGAUUUCGAUGAAGAAGAAUCAGAGAGAGAGGCGAGUGACGACGACGACGACACACCUUCUGAGAUUCCACGAGUCUCAAGCACUGCUCCACCCCGAAAACGUCAGAAACUUGCUAUCCCUGCCCGAGAAAUGCGACGCAGAGCAAAAAAGGCCAAAGUCGAGCGUUUUCAAGAGGGCUUGACACGGAUUAGCAAGCUGAUUGUGUCGAAGAGGACAGAGUUUGCAGGGGGGCUGCAUGGUCUGCAGUCAACGCGAGCCCGUGCCAUCGAGAGCUGCUUGCGAAUGGUGUUGGAUAGUGGUCGCACAUUGACAGAUGCGUCAAUGCGGUCAGCGGAGAGUCACGGAUUUGCUGCCGAUUGGGGAGGCCGACUUCUCCGUAUCUGGAUUCGCAUAUGGUUGGAUCAAGGCUCGCUACCGUUGUCAGCUCGAGGGUGUCAUGCGAAGACACUGAGCAUUCUCGAUGACCCAAUAUACCGCGACGAAAUUCUCUCGUAUCUCCGUUCUCACAAAUGGGCCACAAACCCCGAGAAGUUCUCUGCCUUCAUCCAGUCCAACCUCAUCACAACUGAGUCCCAGAAGUAUCUGCGUGAACUCAUGGAGGAUGAGAUUCCAAAAGCCUUUCGGAAGUAUGUCAUCAACACACUUUUUCCACGAAUAGGCGUCAAGGUUGGGCAUGGCUGGUACUGGAAUGGCGAGCGGUUUGUCAAGCAGCUCAAGGAAAAAAUCAUUCCUGCCUUCGAGAAAGCACAUGGCCCACGAUAUCAAGCUCUAUUUCUCAUCGACAACUCCCAAGGGCACUCGGCUUAUAGCGAGGAUGCUCUUCUCCCUCAGCGGAUGAACCUCAAUCCAGGUGGAAAGCAAGCACGAAUGCGGAAUGGGUGGUACACAGUGAACGGCCGCAAACACUGCGUGGGGUCCAAAAGGGAAUGA